AUGACCAGCGGUGAAGAUGGAAUACAAGUUCAGGUUGAAAAUGCGUUAAAGAAACUCUCAAUUAGAGAUGUUUUUGUGGAUGCAGAAGAAGAGAUUUUCUCUGGGACCACUUACAUUGACGAACAUGGUAGAAAGUUUGAUACUAGGGAGAGAGUUGUCAAAACAGUAGAAAUGCCUACGUUGGAAAUCCCAACAGACGAACAGCUGUUCGUCGAUGGUGUUCCUGACUAUAGGUUUCUUAUGCGGCACUUUAGAAGGGAGGGGAAACUAUCCUAUUCACAGAUAUUUCGUAUCAUCGAUGCCGCCACUAUAAUUAUGAGAAAGGAGCCAAAUUUAUUAAAAGUGGAUAUCCCUAGUGUAGUGGUUGGAGAUAUCCACGGGCAAUACUAUGAUAUGCUUGGCAUGUUUGAGAUGUUCGGAGAUCCAAGUAAAACACAAUAUUUAUUCCUUGGUGAUUAUGUUGAUAGGGGUGAUCGUUCGAUUGAAGUUUUAAUCUUGUUGUAUGCUAUGAAAAUCAAUUUUCCAAAGAGAUUUUGGCUUUUAAGAGGUAAUCAUGAAAGCGAGAGGAUGACCUCGUACUUUACAUAUAAAAGAGAAUGCAUUCAACGUUACAGUGAGGAACUUUACGAGAAAUCAUUGGAGUCAUUUAAGGCAUUGCCUUUAUGUGCAAUUUUAAAUGAGCAAUUUUUUUGUGUACAUGCAGGUAUUUCAAUGUCUUUAUGGGAUUUAGAAGAUAUAAAUAAGAUAGAUAGAUUCAAGGUAGAUAUUCCUGGCGAAGGUUUAUUAUGCGAUCUAAUGUGGUCCGAUCCAACAGAUGACUAUGACACUGAAACAAUCCACAAGGAUGAUAUUGAACACUACUUUCGAUUCAACAACGAGAGACAUUGCAGUGUCUUUUACACAUACAUAGCCGUCCAAUCCUUCCUCGAAUCAAAUAAACUUUUGGGUAUUAUUAGAGGACAUCAACCACAAGAUUCGGGGUAUCGCAUCUAUAGGACAGUCGAAUCCAGCGGAUUCCCUAGUUUAAUCACCAUAUUUUCAGCUCCAAAUUACUGUGGUACCUAUGCCAACAUGGGUGCAGCUCUGGUAUACAACGGAGAAACUUUCAAUAUUAAGCAGUUCGACACAUCACCAGCUCCAUAUUUCCUUCCUGAUCAAAUGAAUGUCUUUGAAUGGUCCCUGCCCUUUGUGGCUGAAAAAGUUAUUGAAAUCCUCUCCGCUAUUUUGAAUAUCUGUACAGAAGAUGAGUUAAACAAAAGCGAAAUUAUACUUGAUAAGAGAAGUAUUGAAGUUCUCAAAGCGAUUGAUUCUUCGAUUGCAGCUGAAGAGGAAGAAUACGUUUCCCAUACCCAUGACAAAGAUCGACGUAAAUCUACUACACCCGUUGUUCGAGACAGUAUAUUGAAAAAAAUGGCUUUAGUGGGGCGUAUGUCAAAAGUGUUGAAAAAAAUGAGAGAAAAAUGUGAAAAAGUUCAAGAACUUAAAGCUUUAGAUAAAUAUGACAUCAACUUCCAUGGUCUAGUUGAUGGAAGAGAGGUUAUGCACAAGAAAAGCCACUCAUUUGAAGAUGUUCGAAAUAUUGACCUAGAGAAUGAAGGACUCCCACCCACAGAUGAAGAACGAGCUGCAGAAGAGGCGCAGAAGGAGCGUGACCUUGAACACUAUAUGCACAUGUAA